AUGAAGUGGACUACCGAGGAACAGUUCAAGGUCAGAGCCUCGAUCCGGAAAUCACGCUUCAUCCCACUAACAACUUCCAAGCUACUGAGAACCGCUAUCGUCUGCAAUCCGGGGUUCAAGCUGAAUGCGAAGGCUGUCGCUGAAGCAUGGCCGGUCGAGAGCAAUGGUGAAGGACCGACUGAACGGGCUGUCAAGGAACGAUUCAGAGCCAUCAUGGCAUCCGCUCAGGACAUUCGAUCCCUUGCGCAGCUUGAGACUCCGAGAUACAAGACGGAGGAAGGCAAGGACGAGGCUACUCUCACGAAUACUCCCACCGCUACACCCACGCCAACGUUUACUACUCCAAGCCGUGGAAGUCAACCUAAAGCCCCGAUUACAACUAGCAAGAAGACUAGUGGCAGUGGCAAACGCAAGCGUCGAGGCACGGUAGCCAGCUCUGACACGGAAAUGGCAUCUGACGCCGAGACUUCUUCUGGUUCGGAUACUCAGAUUACGCCAACUCCUCGUUCGACUCGGUCACUACGAGCUCGCAAGGCUCGAGUCGUCCCCUCAAUGAUGUCACAGGACAGUGACAAAGAGCUUGAUGUGGAUGCAAAGGAUUAUGGCAGCGGUGGCAGCGAUGAAGAAUAUGACUUUGAGGAAGAGAGGAAGAAGAAGGCCAAGAGGAAGGCCAAGGAGGCAAAGAGGGCAGCCAUACGAGGCCGCUCGUCCUAA